GCCAAAUCUUGCCACGCCUCGAUUGCAGGUUUCAUCGCGCAUACCAUUAAUCAACUCACUCCUUUGACAGCUUGCGCAAACACAUCGGUUGCGCACAUUGUUUCUUCCUGGUUUCCUGGCUUAUCAUCAAUUCAUUUCCAGGACUCAACGGCGCACCAACGCGACGACGCAGCACGUGCCCCACGAUAUAUUCUCUUCAUGAUAAUGUUUUGUGCAGUACAUCAGUAAUAUGUCGUCACGCUUUCCUCCGGUUCAUGAGUCCCGGUAUCCGCCUCGCACUCGGUCGCGAUCGCCGCCGAGGUAUCAGGAAUGGAGACCGAGUGGACCACCAAACCCCGGAUUUAACAACAACAGACAUAAUGACUUCGGCCGAGGACUGGAUCCUCCAAGAGGUCCCAAAACUUUCAACGAUACUCCCAGAGGUCCACCACCGGGCCCAGGAGCUGGUCCAUCAGCACCAAUUGGCCCUCGCGGUAGAGGUGCACCACCGCGACCGGAGUUCAGAGAGCUGAGAGACGCACCUCCUCUUGGAACCGACCGCUCAUUCAGAGAGCGCGAGUUUGAUCGCAGGCCGAGACCUACAUCGCCCAGAGUACGUUCACCUGUGAGAGGCUUCAGAGAUGGUCCUAUCCCUCCACGCGAUCUUGACCUAGGAAGAGGUCGUCGCGACUCUAGAGACGGACCUAUCAACCCGGGACCAGGAUACUCGGAUGCCCCUCCAUUUGGUCAGCCUCCAUUUGGUAGAGGUGGCUUCAACGGUAGGGGUCGAGGCAGAGGUAGAGGAGACUUUGGCUUCCGUGACCGCCGUGGACCUGCGGAUGACCGUAACACCUUCAGACCUAGAGACAGAUCACCGCCUACGAGAUGGGGCAGCGUAUCUCGCACAGAUAGAGAUGACUGGCGGCCCGAGCGUCGGGAAGAUGAUCGCUGGAUUGAUCGUGAUGACCGCGAGCGUGAGCCUGAUCGCUUCAGAAGAGAUGCUGCAUCGAGCCGCUUCGACUCGCGCCCUCCCACGCCUCAUCAACAGGCACCGUUGACACAACCUCCAGCCGAGCGUCCGCCAUUCGAACCUUCAAGAGAUGAUCUGGCAAUGCGACGCCCGUCGACAACUUCUUUGUCUGGCGUCAAGGAGCCUCUCAGACGCGAUGUGCAACCUCAAAAUCAACCACCACCAAUGCCUUUACCACCCAAUGAUCUUCUUGCUGGCCGUGUCGAAUCUUCGGCCGCUCGUUACGGAUCUCGUGCCUCUUCACCGCCGCCGUCUGCACCUCAAGUACCUGCCUUUGGUUCCUUGUCCUUUAAGUCUCAGCCAUACAGUGGUCCUACAUCGAAUGUUUGGAAAGCCUCGCCAGAGAACCGCGCGCCACCAACUCCUGCGAAGGUGCCGGUUCCAUCUUCUCCCGUUACAAAGACAAUUCCAACUGCGCCCAAAGCACAAUUGGCUGCGCCACCACCUGCUGCUCCCAGAGCUCCGAGAGCGUUGGAGAAUGCACCUCCCACAGCUCCGAGGGACAUUCCGUUGGACAGAACGCCUUCUGCACCCAAGGCAAGGAAUUCGUCCGCACCCCAACCUCCCGUCCCUACAGCACCAUGGGCGCUUCGAACAGACGAGAGGGCGGGUGGACAGUUCGCCCCGGCCGCAGUGCGUGAAGGGCGUAGUCUCUCGGGAUCUUUCCAGCCAGACAUGAACAACACACCCACCUCACCUCGAACAUCUGGACCCCCGGUUGCUCAAAUGACUCCAGUAAAGCCUAUGGACAAUAUGACCAACCAGAUGUCUGUUUCUCAAAUGCAGCAGCCUGCGCCUGGUAACAACCAAGAUGGAAGAGCAUCUCGAGUCGAUAUGGCACCUCCAAGGCUUGGAACGCCGCCUCCGACCGCCCCCAGCGGCCCACGCAAUGCACAUUCAUUCAGCACAUCACCUGUCAUGCAAAAUCCGAACGUACCGACUGCACCUAAGGCCAUUCGAGCACCACCUAUGGCACCUCGUGCUUCGGUGGACCGUGGACAACCACCACACAGACCUAUGGACAGGAACGGUCCCGCUGUAUCACGCGCACCCCCAGGGGCCCCAAGAGCUCUUGCUUGGAACCAGUGGAUUCGUCCUGGUGCCCCUCAAUACAGAGAGCCUACAGUACCCGCCAAGAGAGACUUGAAUGGUGAUGAGAAGUCUCAACAAAUUAUGCAAAGAGCCUCUCCUCAGAGCAUGCAUCGCCAAAUCUCGGAUCCUUCGUCCAUGAGAGUUGAGGACGCUAGAGACGACCGUGCCUUCAAGACCGCUCCUGCGUCGCCUGAGCGCAGAAUGUCUGACGCCAACAUGACCACUCGUGAAGAACAUCCUCCUUUCCAGAAGGAAUAUAGCGUACCUAGUCCAGCUGAUCCGCAAUCUGACCCUGUGGUAGACGCCGAUAUGGCAACAGCCGAGUCUUCAGAGGAAGAUAUCAGUGAUGAAGAAGGCAUGGAUCUAGAUGAGGAAGACUUUGCACAGAGCAAGGCGAAGUUUGAACGCCAAAAGGCACAUCUGGAAGCCCAGAUGAUUGAUCUCAGCGCAAGAGAGUACAGAGCAACUACUCCGUUGGAACAAAUCGCUAGACUUGCCAAGAUCACCGUCCAGGAUCUUCCCUUGGCCCAAAUUUCGACAUCCUCAGAAGGCAAGGAAGAUGUUAUGGAAGGGUUGGAAAAGACUGAAGUGCCUGCACCAGCUGUCUCACCGUUGCGUCCGGCAUCUUCAAGAGCCCAUGAGGAUGCUGAGCCGGAUCUCAUCACACCCAAGAAGGAGCAAAUUGAAGAAGUCGAACCAGUGGCUAUUCCACGCUCUCAACAUCCGGGAGGGGACAGGGUUUUCGAAACCGCCGAGACCGCCGAGAUUGACCAUACCGAGGACAUCGAUAUGGAUGGCAGCGACGAGCUGGACUACAUUACACCAGAACCCAAGCGAAGCAUCGAAACAAUCAAUCUUCCUUAUUUGGUAAAGGCACCGCUCACUCCACUUUCAGAGUUGGGGGCUUUCCACGAAAACCUUGCACGCCUGAACGCUGCGAAGCCUGCCUUGAUCAUGCAUUACCAAGCACAGGCAGACGAAGAGAAGUCUCUGCAGAAAAACCUCCAUGAGCAGUACCUUGAGAAAUAUCGCGCUUGGAGGGUCGAAACUCAGCUGCUUGAUCGCGAACGAGCGAGUAAAGAGUCUGAAGAGAGACAGAUGUCUGUCGAACUCGGUCUCGACAUUGAGUCAAGUCCAAUCCUCGAGAACCCAAUCUCCGAGUCUCGGUCCAGACUGCACAAGUUUAGCAGCGAAUAUGAUAUCCAGCAAGUACUGAAGCAGUCAGAAGAGACGGCCAGACUUGAGCAGGAGAAGGUUGAGCGAGAGUCUAGAAGAGCUCAGAUCGAUCUCGAGAAAGAGGCUAUUCCACCAGACAUGUGGGAUGAUGCUUCGAAAGAAAAGCACAUCUUCAGAAACAUGAACCGCUAUCGCGACCCUAUCUGUCUGACGGAUAUCUAUGGAUACGAACCUGAAUUCGACACAUUUACCGAAACCGAGCACAAACGCUUCGUGGAUCUCUUUAAGGAAAGGCCCAAGCAAUGGGGAGAAAUCGCCGCUCAGCUUCCUGGUCGAUCAUAUGCUGAUUGCAUUCAUCAUUAUUAUAAGUACAAGUGGGAUGGCCGAUUCAAGGAAAAGACCAAACGUAGAACGAAGGGUACCAGAGGUCGCGGUGGUAAGGCUGGCGCUCGCGCAAGAGCUGCACCACUCAUGGCCGAUCUCGGCAAAGGCGAAGAAGACAGCUCCUCUGGACCAAUGCUCACCGAGACUGGAAGACCGAGACGUGCCGCAACUCGUACUGCAUAUACUGCCGAGAAAGAUCCUGAGGUCAAAACUGCUGCUGCUGUCACGACCACUAGCAAGAAAGUACUUGCAGGUGGUGAGAAUGGUUCCGAGAAGCCUGCCAAACGCCGAAAGACGCAAGCCGCUGGUGACAAGCCGCCAAAGAGAGGCAGACAAACUCUUGUUUCCGCCUCGACUUCUGUUAUUUCGCCUGCUGGCACUGACAAAGAUGUUGUUCUCAGCAAAGAGGAUCUUGCAGCACACCAACAGCGCCUAGAAGAGGCUUCUCUUCUGACUGACUUAGCCACUGGAAACAACAGGCUAAUGCAAGGACCUCAGCCGGUAGAGUACGCCAAUGAGCCGUUCCCAACCCACGUUGCCAAUGAUACUGCGGAAAGAACUCGCGCUCCUACUCAGUCUUCGAUAUCGAGAUCCAGCGCGUCGAGCUACUGGUCUGUACCAGAGCAGACCGAUUUUGUUAAGUUCAUUGCUCAUUUCGGUACCGAUUUUGGCGCUAUUGCCAAUCAUAUGGGCACUAAGACUCAAACUAUGGUACGUUGACAUCUUUCCAUGCACGACAAUCAAUUACUCACGACUCAUCAGGUCAAGAAUUAUUACCAAAGACUUGUCGAGAGUGGCAACCGUCCUGAUGUUGUUGAGGCUGCUAACAUUGCUAACGCUCGUCGUGAUCGAGGAGAAGACAUGGGCAUUCCGCCAACACCUACGCCCAUCAACAAACGACGCUACGACAACCCAGGUCCAAUUCUUCCACGUACAGCUUCUGGUUCACAGGGUGAGGUCAUGGACAUCGAUCCGGUUCCAGCAACACAACCUACCCCCAUCUCACAGCCUUCAUCACAAUACCAACA